AUGGCCGAAGACAUGGUUCAUCCGUUUGAUAGGACUAUUGGGGAGAGUACUCGAGUCAUUGCACCUAAUAGGGGCUCGGCUAUUCGUCCUCCAACCACCGGUCCAAAUUUCAAUGUCAAGGGUAAUCAUUUGUUUCGGGUUGAGGAAAAUCAGUUUGACAAGGUUGUUAAGUGGGAUCCGUAUGAUCAUGUGGAGAAGUUUGAAAAGGUUUGUCGAUUGUUCAAGUAUGGGGAGACUCAAAUGCCACAUGUUAAACUUGAAUUGUUUCCGUUGUCUCUCACGGGAGAGGCGGCGAAUUGGUAUAAGAAUCUCGAUGAAAACAUAUUUAAGACAUGGGAAGAGUUGAGGGAAGGAUUCAUUAAGCGGUUCUUUCCGACUCAAUUGGUUGAAACAAUGAAGUUGGAGAUCCGGGCGUUUAAGCAACUUAGUGGUGAGGAUUUGGUAGAUGCUUGGAAAAGAUUGAAGGAGUUGAUGAGGAAUUGUCCCGGGCAUGAUAUUCGAUUGAAUGAGCACAUUCUUAUUUUCUUCCGGAGUUUAGAUAGCCGCACUCAAAGGGAAUUGGAUUGGGCUUGUGGAGCGGGUAGGACUAAACCAGAUCUUGUGAAAACGGGAAGAAGAAGUGUGGCUCGGGUUGAUAGUGGUGGAAGUAAUGAUGUUGUGGCUGAAAUUAAGGCUUUGGCAAGUCACAUGGAUAAGCAAUUUGCAAGUAUGGAUGGUAGGUUCGGGUUAAUUGAAAAGGAUUUGAAGACGGCAGUUACAGGAUGUGAUAUUUGUGGUGAUAAGCAUUACACAGAAGAUUGUGAUAAAGCACCAUGGAAUGAAGAAGUUGCUUAUGUUCAAAAUCAAUAUCAACCACCGUUUGCAAAUCAAGGGCUAUUUCAAAGGAAUGGAGCUUAUCAAAACCGGUACCAAGGUAAUUCUAAUUCUAAUUUUAAUUCUAAUGGUGCAGGAAACUAUAGGUCUACAUUGGGAGCUUCAUCGCAAGGAAGAAAUCAAGGAGGUCCUUCGGUUCAACCGGUUGAAGUUGUUGAUCCUAAUGCCGAGCUUAGGGAUCUUGUUAAGAAGUUUAUGGUUGAUCAAGACAAGAAGAAUGAGAACUACCGAACCGAUAUCACCACUUUGGAUGAUAAGAUGAAUCAAAAUAUCAAAAGUCAACAAGCGGCGAUCAAGGAUUUAGGAGUUAGGCUUGAUAGAAUGGGUAAUUCUAAUCGUCAACAAGGAUCUUUGCCAAGUAAUACCCAACAAAAUCCUAAGUCUUUCGGUUCAAAUGAUGGAGGUAAUAAGUAUCAAUACCCGAAUGUUAUGAAUGAGCACGUAAAUGCCAUUACUACUCGAUCCGGUAAAGUAGUUAUUUCUCCUAUUUCUCCUCCUUUUUCUAGUGCUACUAAUGUUCCUAUGCAGGUUAAUAGUGAGGACGAAGAAGAUGAACAAGUUGAUGAAAAGAUUGUAGUGGAGUUGAACCAAGCCGUGAAACCACCGGCCGUUCCACUUACAUCUACUACAGCAGUUGCUAUACCGGUAGCUAAACCGGCGGUUGUUGAGCCUCAAGUCAAGCCAUAUAAGCCUAAGAUUCCUUUGCCUCAAAGAUUGAAGAAGGAUAAGCUCAAAGAACAAUACGAGAUGCGGAAUUAUGCCAAUUUCAUCAAGGAUCUCGUAACAGACAAGAGGAAGCUAAGGCUACUUUCCUAA